CGCGCCCUGGCAGUGGAGCUGCGGCUGCGCCUCCAGCACAGCGACUGCACCGACUUCGACGCCCAGCACGGCCACAGCUUCCAGGCGGCGCUGCGGCAGCGGCCUUCCCUUCUGCUCGUCACAUUGUUCAUCCUGGUAUUCCCCGCCCUCUUGGUGCUGGCGUCGGUGCGGACAGCGGUCCGGGAGUCCAACGGCUGCUGCCCCGCUCCUGAGAAGCAAGGCGCGCUGGGGAAGGCCCUGGACUGCUUCGCCGUACAGCGGACCUGGGCGACGCUCAGCCGCCACCAGAACUCCCAGAUCCACUCCAUCCAGGGCCUGCGCACCUUGGCCAUGUUCUGCAUCAUCCUGGGCCACCGCCUGUUCCACACGAUCAUCGCAGGCCCGUCGCUCAACCCGAACUACUUGGAAAAUGGGUACACGAGCACGAUGAAAAUGGUGGUGGCGAACGGCACCGGCAUAGUGGCCAUCUUCUUCGUCAUCAGCGGCUUCCUGGAGGCGCGCACCAUGAUGACGCUCAACGCCAAGCUGCCCCGCUUCACCGCCACGUUCCUGCUCUCGCACUACGCCAUCCGCUACGUCAGGCUGGUGCCUGCCCUGGCCGUAGCCCUGGCCAUCCAGACGCAGUGGAUGCAGUACAUGGGAUCGGGGCCGCUCUGGGGCCAAUUGGUGGGCAAGCUGACGGAGGACUGCCAGCAGAACUGGUGGUCUCACUUGCUCUUCAUCAACAACUACCAGGGAACUUUCUGCAUGGUGCAGACCUGGUUCCUCGCCUCAGUCGUGCAGAUGUUCCUGUUGACGCCGCCGCUCAUGUGGCUGGUGAGCCGGUGGACGCAGCGCGCGCUGUGGCCGGGCUGCCUGCUGCUGGGGCUGCUGCUGGCCGCCAGCGCCGUCGUGCUCUACGCCACCACCGUGCACCUAGGGUUGUUGCCCACCUGGAUCAUGUACCCGGAGGCGCUACGACAUGUGAAUGUGGCCACCAACCCCACGUUCGUCUACCAGUACGUGCGCACGCACACCAACGCCCUACCCUACGUGGUGGGCCUCCUUGCUGGUGCCCUGUUCUACCUGGCCAACCGAGACAAGUGGCAGCCUUCUAAGACGGUGGUGACCUUGUUGUGGCUCGGGAUCCCCUUCAGCCUCGCGCUCUCGUUCGCCAUCAUCUUCAUCGGGGUGGUCUUCAACCUGCCCUCGUUCGAGGCGCGGCCGCUGCUGGACGCUCUGUACGGCCCUGCACGGCUGCUGGGGUUCUCGCUGCCUUCGGCGUGGAUCAUCUUCACGUGCGGCAUGGGCCAUGGAGGCCUGUUCAACAGCCUCCUGACGUGGAGGCCCCUGGUGGUCAUGGGCCGCCUCACCUACUCGGUUUACCUCAUGCACUUGACCUUCACCAUCGUGGCGACGAGCUCCGUACGCCACCCGAUAUACUUGAGCGACUACACCAUAGUAAGCCAAACUUUGUCUGACAUCGUCGUCGCCUACGCGGUCGGCUUGGUGCUAUACUUCUGCGUCGAGGCUCCCAUGAUGAACUUGCAGACGAUCGCUUUCACCCACUGGUUCCGCCGAAAGUCGGGUUCCGCCGGCCAGACCGCGGAGAGGAGCUUGCCAGACCAGCCGGUGCAGCAGGCCCGCAACGUGCCCGCCAACGCCGUCACGACGUCUAUGUGAUCGCCUUGAAGAAUGCUAGCUUUCAAACCAAAUUCCUACAAAAUGUGCCAUGACAAAAUAAAUACGCUUACUUUCUAAA